UCCCGCGGCCUGCGUGUGCGUGCGCGGCCGAGGCCCGCCGCGGCGCUGUGCGGUUCCGGCGUCGGGGCCCGGCAUGGCGGGGGUCGGGGCCAGGCCGGGCCGGACCCGGACCUAAAUGCCUCUAUUUCUCUCCGCGCUGUUGGUCUUGCUGCUGGUUGCGCUUAGCGCACUCUUCCUAGGCCGGUGGCUUGUGGUCCGAUUGGCCACCAGGUGGUGUCAGCGGAAGUUGCAGGCAGAGCUAAAGAUCGGAUCCUUCCGAUUCUUUUGGAUCCAAAAUGUCAGUCUUAAGUUUCAGCAGCACCAGCAGACGGUGGAAAUUGACAACUUGUGGAUUUCCAGCAAACUCCUUAGCUAUGAUCUGCCACACUAUGUGGCCUUGUGCUUUGGAGAAGUACGCAUCAGAACGGACCUACAGAAGGUUUCUAGCCUGUCUGCCCCAUUCUCUCAGAACACAGAGGUGGAGCAGAAGGAGCUGUCCCUUAGCCCGUCCUUGUUGAAGAUCUUCUGCCAACUGUUCUCCAUUCAUGUAGAGGCCAUAAACAUCAUGGUCCUCAAGGUGGCUACCUCCGAGUCCUUGUGGCACAUCCAGGUCAGCAGAAGCAGAUUCCUUCUGGACAGUGAUGGGAAAAGUCUAAUCUGUCAGGUGAACCUAUCAAAGAUCAAUAGCAAAAUCUUGAAGAGUGGUCAGCUGGAGGAUACAUGCCUUGUAGAGCUCUCACUGGCCCUGGACCUGUGUCUACAGGUGGGCAUCAGCAGUUGGCAUCUGAGGGCUAUCACUGUAGAUGUGUGGACUCUCCAUGCUGAGCUCCAUGAAGGUCUCUUCCAUAGUCAACUACUGUGUCAGGCCCCAGGCCGGAUCUCCAAGUCUGUUUCUUGUUCAGAUUUGACAGAGAACUCUGCUGAACCAACUCUGCCUGGCCUAUACCUCCUCCAGCAGCUGCCAGACCAAGUCAAAGUGAAGAUGGAGAACACAAGUGUGGUGUUGUCUAUGAACAGUCAAAAGAGGCACCUGACUUGGACACUGAAGCUGCUGCAUUUCCUAUACCACCGUGAUGAGGAUCAGCUGCCCCUUCGAAGCUUCACAGCCAACUAUGAUAUGGCCCAGAUGAGCACUGAACUCCUACUAGAAGAUGGGCUGUUGCUCUCCCAGAGUCGCCAACGGAUUGUCUGCCUCAACUCCCUCAAGGCUAAUGUCCAGGUAACCACCAUUGAUCUCUCAGCUUCUCUCGUUUUGAACACUUGUAUCAUUCAUUACCGACACCAGGAAUUCUCUCACUGGCUGCUUAUGCUAGCAUUGGAGACCCAAGGAGCUAGUUCACCUGAUCUUAAACAAAGGAAAAGAAGAACCUUCCCUCAGAUCCUGGCUCCCAUUAUCUUCAGCACCUCCAUCUCCAAUGUCAGCGUUUCCAUUCAGCUUGGAGACACACCACCUUUUGCUUUGGGGUUCAAUUCCAUCUGCCUGGAUUACCAGCACCUUCGACCACAAAGUAUCCAUCAGCGGGCUGUCCUGACUGUGGAUCACCUCUGCUGGCGAGUGGGCAGUGAGUCCCACAUCCAGCGGGCACCACAUCCACCUAAUAUGCAUGUUUGGGGUGAAGCACUUGUCCUGGACUCCUUCACACUCCAGGGUAGCUAUAACCAGCCCCUGGGCUUGUCCAGCACCCAGUCCAACACUCUUUUUCUUGACUGUACCAUUCGAGGACUUCAGGUUGAAAUAUCAGACAUCUGUGCCCAGUGUCUGUCUCGAAUCCUCUCCUUAGUGAUUCCACCAUCUGAAAAGUCAGCUGUCUCUAGGAAACCUUCACUUGGGGAGUCUGUGACCUUACUGUGGAAGGUGGACUUGAAGGUGGAGGACAUGAACCUGUUCACUCUCUCUGCACUGGUUGGUGCUUCGGAGGUACGACUGGACACACUGACUGUCUUGGGCAGUGCUGAGACCUCCACUGUGGGGAUUCAAGGGCUUGUGCUUGCACUAGUAAAAUCAGUCACAGAGAAGAUGCAGCCCUGUUGCAAGGCACCUGACAUCCCCACGCCAGUGCUUGGCCUCUCCAUGCUCUCCCUCACCUAUCACAGCAGCAUCCGCUCUCUAGAGGUUCAGUGUGGUGCGGGGCUGACUUUACUCUGGAGCCCCCCGGAUCAUAUGUACCUGUACCAGCAUGUCUUGGCCACUCUGCAAUGCCGAGACUUGUUACGAGCUACUAUGUUUCCUGAGAUUGUUCAAUCCCAUGAACUAGAGACCCCACAGUCCACUUGUGAGCCAGAAGACCAGCUCCCUGAGCCAUCCCCACCUAGGCGGCUGCUAACCCUGACACUGGAGGUGAGCACAGCCAAACUGACGGCUUUUGUGGCUGAGGACAAAUUCAUUACCCUGGUUGCUGAGAGUGUGUCGCUGAACCGGCAUGGAGGGUCACUGCAGGCUUACUGCCCGGAGUUGGCUGCUGGCUUUGAUGGCAAUAGCAUCUUCAACUUCAAAGAGGUGGAGGUGCAGCUCCUACCUGAGCUAGAGGAGAUGAUUCUCCACAGGAACCCCUUCCCUGUACUGCAGACCCUCCGGAAUCGGGUGUGGCUCCUUUCUCUUGGAUCAGUCUCAGUGGAGUUCCCUUAUCAGUAUGACUUUUCUCGAACUUUGGAUGAGGCUGUGGGAGUUCAGAAAUGGCUGAAGGGGCUGCAUCGAGGGACUCAGGCUUGGGCCUCUCCAGGCCCCGCCCCACUCCCGCCUGACCUGCUCUUAAAGGUUCAGCACUUUUCUUGGGUUUUCCUGGAUGAUGUGUUUGAAGUGAAACUUCACGAUAACUACGAACUGAUGAAGGAUGAAAGUAAGGAGAGUGCCAAAAGACUGCAGUUGCUGGAUGCCAAAGUGGCCGCCCUGCGGAAGCAGCAUGGGGAGUUGUUGCCAGCUCGAAAGAUUGAGGAGCUCUAUGCCUCUUUGGAACGCAAAAACAUUGAAAUCUACAUCCAGCGCUCUCGUCGUCUCUAUGGCAACACACCCAUGCGCCGUGCUCUGCUCACUUGGAGCCUGGCAGGGCUAGAGCUGGUGGCUCUGGCAGAUGCAUCCUUCCAUGGGCCUGAGCAUGUGAUAGAACAGGUUCGAGAGCUUGACCCUGGCAGCCCUUUUCCUGCUGAAGGAAUGGAUCUUGUCAUUCAUUGGUGCCGUAUGCUCAAGUGCAGUGUCAAAACUUUCCUGGUUCGGAUCCGAGACUAUCCACGGUACCUGUUUGAGAUCCGUGACUGGCGGCUGAUGGGUCGGCUUGCGGGCACCGAGCAGAGUGGCCAGCCUUGCUCCCGUCGACGUCAGAUCCUGCAUCUGGGGCUUCCCUGGGGUAACGUGGCAGUAGAGAGGAACAUGCCCCCACUCAAGUUCUACCAUGACUUCCACUCGGAAAUCUUCCAGUACACAGUGGUGUGGGGCCCAUGCUGGGAUCCAGCCUGGACACUGAUUGGUCAAUGUGUGGACCUCUUAACUAAGCCCUCAGCUGACCCCAGUCCGCCUUUGCCCUGGUGGGAUAAGAGCCGUCUUCUGUUCCACGGGGACUGGCAUAUGGAUAUUGAACAAGCAAACCUGCAUCAGCUGGCCACUGAGGACCCAUAUAAUACAACUGAAAACAUGCACUGGGAAUGGAGCCAUCUUUCUUUCCAUUGGAAACCUGGUCAGUUUGUGUUCAAAGGGGACCUGGAUGUCAACGUAAGAACAGCCUCUAAGUAUGACGACUGCUGCUUCCUUCACCUGCCUGACCUCUGCAUGACACUGGACCUGCAGUGGCUGUGCCAUGGGAACCCUCAUGAUCAUCACAGUGUCACUCUGAGGGCCCCAGAGUUCCUGCCUGAGGUACCCUUGGGCCAGCUCCAUGACUCCUACCGGGCCUUCCGCUCCGAGAACCUCAAUCUCUCCAUCAAGAUGGAUUUGACUCGCCAUAGUGGGACAAUAGCCCAACCCCGAAUUCUGCUGUACAGUAGUACCCUGCGCUGGAUGCAGAAUUUCUGGGCAACUUGGACUAGCGUCACAAGGCCUAUCUGUAGAGGAAAACUCUUUAAUAACUUGAAGCCCAGCAAGAAGAAACUUGGCCAGCACUACAAACAGCUUUCCUAUACGGCGCUCUUUCCCUGGCUACAGGUCCAUUACUGGGCCUCCUUUGCCCAGCAGCGAGGCAUCCAGAUUGAGUGCAGUCAGGGCCAUGUCUUCACUCGGGGAACUCAGCGGCUUAUACCGCAAGCUGGCACAGUGAUGCGGCGCCUUAUUUCUGAGUGGAGUGUGACCCAGAUGGUGAGUGACUUAAGUCAGGUGACUGUCCACCUGAUGGCUUCACCUACUGAAGAGAAUGCUGACCACUGCCUUGACCCCAUGAUAACAAAGACCCACCUGUUGAGCCUGUCUUCCCUCACUUACCAGCGGCACAGCAACCGCACCACUGAAGAGGAGCUCUCUACUCGAGAUGGUGACCCUGCCUUUCAUACACAUCAGCUGUACUUGGUAGAUUUACGGAUCUCCUGGACAACCACCAACAGGGACAUUGCCUUUGGCUUAUACGAUGGUUACAAAAAGGCAGCUGUCCUCAAACGCAAUCUCUCUACGGAGGCCCUGAAAGGUUUGAAGAUUGAUCCCCAGAUGUCAGCCAAAAAGCCAAAGCGUGGCAUCCCACCUAACACCCCAGUGCCACCUCAUGUCAGCACUCCUAGCUUCGGUGGACGGCCUGAGAAGGGGUCAUCAGGAGGUGCUUACAUGUUGCAGAAGCUGAUUGAAGAGACAGAUAGGUUUGUAGUAUUCACAGAGGAGGAGUCCGGUAUGAGUGACCAAUUGUGUGGCAUCGCUGCCUGCCAGACGGAUGACAUAUACAACCGAAACUGCCUUAUUGAGCUGGUUAACUGCCAGAUGGUUCUUCGUGGAGCAGAGACAGAAGGCUGUGUUAUUGUGUCUGCUGCCAAAGCCCAGUUGCUGCAGUGCCAACACCAUCCAGCUUGGUAUGGUGACACACUGAAACAAAAGACUUCCUGGACUUGCCUUUUAGAUGGCAUGCAGUAUUUUGCCACCACUGAAAGCAGCCCUACUGAACAGGAUGGCCGGCAGCUCUGGCUAGAGGUGAAGAAUAUUGAGGAGCACCGGGAACGUAGUCUGGACUCUGUUCAGGAGCUGAUGGAAAGUGGGCAGGCAGUGGGAGGCAUGGUUACCACCACCACAGAUUGGAACCAGCCAGCUGAAGCUCAGCAAGCCCAGCAGGUCCAGCGGAUCAUUUCACGCUGUAAUUGCCGAAUGUACUAUAUUAGUUACAGUCAUGACAUCGACCCUGAGCUAGCAACUCAAAUUAAGCCACCUGAGGUUCAUGAGAACCAGGAAAAGGAGGAUCUCUUAAAGAAGCAGGAAGGGGCUGUGGAUACUUUCACUCUCAUCCACCACGAAUUGGAAAUUUCUACCAACCCAGCUCAGUAUGCUAUGAUUCUGGACAUCGUCAACAACCUGCUGCUCCAUGUAGAACCCAAACGUAAGGAGCAUAGUGAAAAGAAGCAGCGUGUCAGGUUCCAGCUGGAGAUCUCUAGCAAUCCUGAGGAGCAGCGCAGUAGCAUAUUGCAUCUGCAGGAGGCUGUGCGGCAGCAUGUGGCCCAGAUCCGGCACUUAGAGAAACAGAUGUAUUCUAUCAUGAAGUCUUUACAGGAUGACAGCAAGAAUGAGAACUUGCUUGACCUGAACCAAAAACUUCAGUUACAGCUGAACCAGGAAAAGGCCAACCUUCAGCUGGAAAGUGAAGAGCUCAACAUCCUCAUCAGAUGUUUUAAGGAUUUCCAACUGCAGCGGGCCAACAAAAUGGAGCUACGAAAGCAACAGGAAGAUGUGAGUGUGGUCCGUCGCACUGAGUUUUAUUUUGCUCAGGCGCGUUGGCGCCUGACGGAGGAAGACGGACAGCUGGGAAUCGCUGAGCUGGAGCUACAGAGGUUCCUCUACAGCAAGGUGAAUAAGUCUGAUGACACUGCAGAACAUCUCCUGGAGUUGGGCUGGUUCACUAUGAACAACCUUCUCCCCAAUGCUAUCUAUAAGGUGGUUCUGCGGCCCCAGAGUUCCUGCCAAUCGGGGAGACAGCUGGCCCUCCGCCUUUUUAGCAAAGUCCGGCCACCUGUUGGGGGUAUCUCUGUUAAGGAACACUUUGAGGUGAAUGUGGUGCCUCUCACCAUCCAGCUCUCCCACCAGUUCUUCCAUAGAAUGAUGGGCUUUUUCUUUCCGGGUCGAAAUGUGGAAGAUGAUGAAGUUGGUGAUGAAGAGGAUAAGUCCAAACUGGUGACAACUGGAAUACCAGUAGUGAAGCCUCGGCAGCUGAUAGCAACAGAUGACUCGGUCCCACUAGGCCCUGGGAAGGGUGUAGCACAGGGUUUGACCCGGAGUUCUGGGGUCAGAAGAUCAUUUCGCAAAUUACCUGAGCACCCAGUUGAUGACAUUGACAAGAUGAAAGAGCGAGCUGCCAUGAACAACUCCUUCAUAUACAUAAAAAUCCCACAAGUUCCACUCUGUGUCAGUUACAAGGGCGAGAAGAACAGUGUGGACUGGGGUGACCUUAACUUGGUGCUACCCUGUCUGGAGUACCACAACAACACGUGGACAUGGCUGGACUUUGCCAUGGCUGUCAAAAGGGACAGCCGGAAAGCUUUGGUUGCCCAGGUAAUCAAAGAAAAGCUAAGGUUGAAACCUGCAACAGGGUCUGAGGUCCGGGGGAAGCUAGAAACAAAGUCGGACUUGAACAUGCAACAGCAGGAAGAGGAGAAAGCGCGGCUCCUUAUCGGUUUAAGUAUGGGUGACAAGAACCCUGGCAAGAAGUCCAUCUUCGGCAGGCGCAAGUGACCUGGAGAGCCAAGGAACUGCAGUGUAGAAUCUGACUCCGGAUCAUGAUCCAGGGACUUGAGGGCGGGCAGAGCUUCCCUUCAUCCCACGGGAUUUAUGGGCUUUGGGGCUUAUAGGGAACGAAGACACUGUUCCGCAGCUGGCCUGUCCCUGCAGGGCAUGGUGGACAAAAGUGCUAAAUUCCCUCAUGCUUACUGGGCCCAGGGCCAGAAAGGCCAGAGAACCAGAAGGCCUGUGGAGUGUGUCCAAGCCUAGUGUCCUGCUCUUGGGGGCAACAGAAAGGGUGGGGAUAGUUUUGAUCAAGUAUGAUAAAUUUUUAUAAAUAGACAUAUAUAUAUAAUACAUAUAUAUAUAUAUUUCUAAGUGUAAUUGCUCUCCCUUUGUGCCAGUAAGCUGAGGGGAGGGGUCUGAUCCUCUGUGCCUCACUCCACUGCCUUGUUGUAUGAAAGGUGUUAGUGUUGGGGGGGCGGUUCAGCUUCCUAGUCUGUGUGCUCACUUGGGAGGAUGGCAUUAGGAGCCAGGGCUGGCCAUGGGUACCUUCCUUUCCUUUCCCCCUCGGGUGUGCCCUGGAGAAUGGAGGAAAAAAAAAGAUGAUUUAAAGAAAAAAUAUUUUAAAUUUGAUGCUGGCUUUUAUUCUUUUUUUUUUUUUUUUUUCACUUGUAUUGAGUAAAAAUGUUCAAGUUGUC